GGAUAAAGGAAUUCAAAGAAAAGAAGGAAAAGAAUAGUGAGAGUGAAACCCAACUAUUCAUUACAGAUGGAUCAGAGACCUAUCAGAUGGCAAACCUCACAGAGGUUAUCAAUGUGCCAGCCUGUUACAAGGAUCCCUCCAACAGGCGUUUAUACAUAUCAAAGGAUGUCAUCUUCCAGGAGGACCUCCAUCUUGCCAAUCCAUCAAUACCGACAAAACACAACCCAAAGGUUCUACCCAAUGCGGCCUGUAAAGCGGCUGCGGCGAUUCCUUCGGUGACACCAGGCCUACCCACUGCGGCCUGUCAAGAGACUGCAGCAAUUCCUGAUUCAUCAAUUAAUACACUGAACUUCCCAGAACCCACAGUUGAAUCUGAUGACUCUUCAACAUCUACAAGAAAUAUCACUAUAGUGAGAGAAGCUUCAGUGAGGAACAGUCUUGAAGAUCUACUCACUGAUCUCAAGAUCACUGCACUUCUGAUUCUGAAAAACCUCACACGCGUCAAAGCUUUCAUGAAAUGGAAGUAUUAUUACAAGACCUGUGUUAAAGAGAUCAACAGUUUGAAAUAUAUGCAUUGA